AUGAUUAAUAACCUGGACAUUCCAAGUAAAGAAUGCCGGAAUCUUCUCUCUGCCACCUCACACCCCCAAAUAGUGAAUGAUCUUCUAAGCAAAGAGGUGGAGAAGGGUUACCUACAAGGACCUUUUGUCGAACCUCCUUUUCCACACUACAGAGUUAGUCCCAUUGGAGUUAGCUUUAAAAAAUAUUCAAAUAAAGCACGUUUAACAGUGGACUUAUCAGCACCUCAUUCAGAUCCUUCUGAUCCCAGCAUCAAUUCUCUAAUCGACAAAGAGAAAUGCUCUCUAACCUACGUCACUACCGAUGAUGCCGUAAAUAUUAUUCAAAAACUUGGUCCAGGAACCACAAUGUGCAAAACAGACAUAUCGGAUGCCUUUAAGUUGAUACCUAUUUCCCCAUCCCAGUGGCAUUUAUUCUGCUUGAAAUGGAAAGGCCUAUAUUACUUCUAUACCAAACUUGCUUUUGGCUGCAGAUCUAGUCCAAGAAUCUUCGACUGCCUCGCACAAGCUAUUUGUUGGAUAGCUACCCACAACUACGGCAUCAAGUACAUUUUGCAUUUAUUGGACGACUUCAUCACCUUUGAAGAGCCCGACAACUGCGGAGAAAGAAACAUGGCCUUACUUAUGCUCAUUUUUAAGAGGUUAAAUAUACCUAUAGCCAAGCAAAAAACAGAGGGACCAGAUACCACUAUUACCUUCCUUGGAAUCACUUUAGACUCUCUUAAGAUGGAAGCCAGACUGCCGCUUGACAAGAUUUCUAGAAUCAUAUCUUUCAUUGAAGAAUUUCUCAUAAAGAAAUCUUGCACUAAAAGCUUCUACAAAUACUCGGACAUCUCAGUUUCGCUAGCAGAGUCAUAG